CAUUUCUUACCGCGGCUACAACGCUUGUGAACUGUACUAGUCAACUCUUAAGCUUUACUGCCUUUAAUCUUUUAGGGGUUUUCAACAUGCACUCGUUUGCCUUAGCGACAGCCUCGGCGUUGUUGGCUUCUUCCAUCUUACUGCAGCCAAUCAAUGCCUAUGUUAGAGCGUCCUCGUACUCGCAUGGCAGUUGUCCUUCUGUUGUCGAGCGCGAUGUUAUUGUUGUAGGUGGAGGUUCUGGAGGAACAUAUGCCUCAGUUCAGCUAGCAGCACGCGGAAAGUCUGUAGCUGUGAUCGAGAGAGAGGCUCGACUGGGUGGCAACGUCGCGACGUACAUUGACCCUAAAACCAAUCAAACAACAGACUAUGGUGUGAUUCUUUACACUAACACCUCGGUUGCGAGAAACUACUUCCACCAGCUUGGGGUCGAAUAUGGUCCUUACGAAGGAUACUUCCCUAAUGGCUCGACAAAGUACCUGGAUUACAAAACGGGUGCAGAACUCCCUACUCCUGCGCCAGGAAAUGCCACUGCGGCAAAUGAGAUUUACCUCAAGCAAAUGCAGUCAUAUGGCAAUUUAUUCUCGACUCCUGGCUAUUUUCUCCCGGAUCCCGUUCCCGAAGAUCUCUUACUGCCCUGGGGCGAGUGGCUCAAGAAAUACAACGCGACCGCAAUGGCAUACGAUGUGUUUUAUGUACAGGCAGGAAACGCGCUGGAGUUGUUGACGCUACACAUUAUGAAAUACUACAGCACCCUUGAGUUCACUACCGAUCGCCUUUACACUUCCAACCGAGGCAAUCAGAUCAUUUACAAUACAGCGUACAACAAACUCGGAGGAGCGGAAAAUGUACUCCUCGAAAGCAACAUCAAGAAGAUUACUCGAACUGCGAAUGGUGUGACUGCCGUCAUUGAGAGACCCUGUGGCACCCAGACCAUCCACGCCAAGAAGUUGGUCAUAGCAAUCAGGCCUCGCUACGUCGAUUUGGCUCCGUUCCUCGAUCUGCGACCUAACGAAAUCAAGAUCACUAAGGAGUUUUCAAAUAUUCACACUUGGACGUGCAUUCUUAACGGCACUGGGCUGCCUCUGGACACCGGCUACGAGCUUGUGGACCCCUCGGCUGAAGGAGGCAUCCCACCCCUGCCAGAAACGCUCGGCAUUUCGCAGUCUGGUAUCAAAGACGUCGAAGCGCGCGCUUUCUGGUGGAGCAGUGCAAAGGAAAUCACUCGCGAGGAAGCAGCCAGUAGCCUGCAGGGCAGAGCCGAGUUUGUUCAAAAGGCGAUGAACACAACAUCGCCCCCGGGUGAGAAGCCCACCAUCAACGGGUUGUUGGAUCACUCUCCUUACUUCUUGUACCCUUCUCGUGAUGCGGUGGCAAACGGCUUCUACAAAGACAUGAAUGCUAUGCAGGGCCAGUAUAACACGUACUGGACGGGUGCAGCAUGGGAAUCAGAGAGCUCAGCUGCAACUUGGGGUUUUACGGAGGAGGUUAUGCUCCCUCAGCUACUCAAAGCUUUGAACUAGGUAUUCAUACCAAGUUGCGUAUAUAGGCAUCAUAGUUCAAGACAUCCAAAUCGGCUGGCACAGAGAUGGUCCUCAACCUAGGCAGCCGAUUUUGAUGUUACAGAAAUAGUACUGAGCUGUUGUGUCUGCGAAUGCAUAUGUACUUCUCUUUAAUCUUACUUGAAGGG